AUAGUACCUAUACAACACCGCGAAGGCAAGAAUGGCACACCUUUGUGCGCACACGGACCGCACACAACAGCGCUUGCGCACUGGCAGUUGCUAUCCUACGUCAUAAAUAUAAAUAGAACUCUAUUUACAUCUAUGUAGGGCCUACUGCGGUGCAUGAGCGAGAGUGAGUGGUGCAUGGACGACUGACAGAGGGAACAGGGGACAUGUCGAUAUAGAAGCCUGCCAUUUGCUUUCGCCAAGCCUGCGGACACAAAUACAGGCUAACAUAAAGCUGACCCUCGGCUAUCAAUGCACGUCUUGUAACGAAAUACGCAGAAAAAACUCUAGCAUCGCCAAAGGCUCACCGUUACGGACAGUAUAUAUACUUAUAAACGCACUCUCUACCGUCACGGAACAUUGAUCUGAACUGAGGACGAAGCCAAAUUUUCUAAAACGGGGUCGACUGCGCCUUUUGUUGCACAUACAUAGCAAGUCGGCUAUUUUCACUUGCAUUGUGCAACGCGUAAACGCAGCAGCCAGAAAUCUGUUGGGGGACUCAACAAGACGAAGGCUGUUCACAGGCACCUCCACGAUGCCGUCGCUUCCCAACAUGUCUACCAUCGACACGAAGCUUGUGGUAGUCGGAGUAGCGGCAACGGCUGCCGUUGGCAUAGCAACGUACGCGUUAUACUUACGGAGACAGAGGCAAAAGAUGUUGGCAGGCCUGAAGGCAAUAGAUUUUGGCGGUCAAAAUUGGUAUGAAGCUCCAGGCACAACAAUUUACGUCUCAGAAGAUCACAUAUUGAGAUUGGAGGAAACAAACAACUUCGAGAUUCGUUCAGACGACAUCUGGGUCAUUACGUACCCUAAGUGUGGUACCACAUGGACGCAGGAAAUCGUCUGGCUCGUAUGCAACAACGCCGACAGAGAAACGGCCAACACUGUAGAACUGGAUACACGCUUCCCGUUCUUUGAGUACCCGUUCAGUAAUCGGAGGCCUGCGAUCAAAAAGAUGCCCUCGCCACGUCUAAUUAAGACUCACCUCGCACUACCUGUACUGCCUCACCAGAUAAGGGAAAAGAAGCCAAAGAUUAUCUAUACGAUGAGAAAUCCAAAGGACACUUGUGUUUCAAUGUACCACUUCUUAAAGAUGCUAACGCUCUUCAACUACAAAGGCAAUUUCGAGGAGUUUGCAAAGGAGUUCUUCAUGGAUAUUGUGGUUGGUCACGGAUCUUUUUGGGACCAUCACCUUGACUACUGGAGGCUAAGAGACGAACCGAAUAUGCUUCUGCUAAAGUAUGAAGACAUGAUUACGGAUCUGAACAAGGAGGUGAAGAGGAUAGCGGCAUUCCUGGACAAGGAGCUAACUGAGGAGCAAGUGCAAACCAUCGUCGAACACUGCACAUUCAAGACGAUGAAGAACAAUUCUGCAAGCAACCAAUCUCAUCUGCAGAACAUUGGAUUCACGAGAGCUGGGAUGGGCGAUUUCAUGCGUAAAGGAAAAAUUGGAGACUGGAAGAAUUACUUCACUCCCGAGCUGAACGACAUGGUGGACCAACUGAACAAGAAGUGGCUGGAGCCUGAAGGACUAACGUUCGACUACGAAUAAACACUAUAUCUAAUGACUUGAUGACAACAGGCAACCUCCAGGUGUUACUACCAAGCAACUACUUAGCUGACUCGAGGCUAAUUGUACGAACACAUAAGCGAUGUGAACGAAUGGGAAAUACAACGUUAGGA